AUGGUGUUAUCUACAAAGCAAUCAAUAACAGUGAAGGUUAAGGAAGUUUUAGUAACAAGGGUUCAUGCUGCUUGUCUCACAGUUGAUAGGAGAAGUUUAUGGAAAGAUUUGAAAAAUAUAAAUGAGUUGAAGCUACCAUGUCUGGUGAUUGGUGAUUUUAAUGUUGUUCUUUCUUGUGAGGAAAAAAAAGGUGGAAGGCAACCUUUAAAGGUAGCAAUGCAAGACUUCAGAGAUUGUAUUGAAUAUUGUAAUCUUAUUCAAUCCCCUAGAACUGGAAUUAAAUUUUCAUGGUUUAACAACAGAGUAGGGAAGAAAAGGAUUUUAUGUGAUCUUGACAGAUCAUUUUAUAAUCUUCAAUGGCUGGAGUGUUAUGAGACUUGGUGUUAUAAGGUGGGAGUUAGAGGCACAUCUGAUCAUGGUGCAUUACUUGGUGGAGUUGCUCAAAGUGAUAAACCACACAAUAUCCCAUUUAGAUAUCAAUUUGUAUGGACCACUCACCCUGGUUUUCUAAAAGUAAUUCAAGAGUCAUGGGAAGUUGAAUGUGAAGGAAACCCUGCUUUCUGCUUUACUAGUAAACUGAAAAGGUUAAAGGAAAUACUUAAGAAAUGGAAUUGGGAGGUUUUUGGUGAUUUAAGAGUGAAAGUUAAAACUACAGAAGAGGCAAUUCUAAAAGCUUCUUUGGAGUCUGAUGUUGAUCCAGAGAAUAUUAAAACUGUUAAUUUUGAAGAGGAUCUGUUUGAAGCAAUUCCAAACAUCUUAAAUGAAGAAGAUAAUGAUUUAAUUGAUGCAUUUCCUAGUCAAGAAGAAAUAAAGAAUGUUGUUUUUGCAAUGGACCCAAAUAGUGCUCCAGGUCCAUAUGGUUUUCCAGGAUGUUUUUAUAAAUAUGCAUGGGAAGUGGUGGGUGCUGAGCUUAUGGAGGCAAUACAAUUUUGCUGGAGGAAUAGAUUCAUCCCUAAAGGUUUUAACUCUAACUUCUUAUUUCUUCUACCAAAAAUUCAGCGAGCCAAGAAAGCUGAACACUUUAGGCCCAUUGGUUUGCCAAAUUUCAAUUUUAAAAUCAUUACCAUAAUCAUUACUACAAGGAUUAGUAGAGUACUGAGUAGAAUGAUAUCAAAGCAACAUGGUGCAUUUAUCAAAGGGAGAAGCAUUCAUGAAAAAAUUAUUUUGGCUUCAGAGCUUGUGAAUGAAUUAGAUACCAAGAGAAGAGGUGGAAAUGUGGGACUUAAAAUUGAUAUUACUCAAGCCUAUGACUCUUUGAGUUGGGAGUUUUUAUUUGAGGUACUUAGAAGAUUUGGAUUCUCUGAAGUGGUUAUUCAAUGGUUAAAAAAAAUCUUUGAAUCAGCUAGAAUUUAUGUUCUUAUAAAUGGUGGACCAUGUGGUUUCUUUGAAGUAGGGAGGGGACUGAGACAGGGUGAUCCAUUGUCACCAAUAAUGUUUAUGCUAGCAGAAUAG